UUCAAUUGUAUAGAUUCGCAUUUUGUUUUGUUUGGUUUUGCAAGGAAUUUCGGCAUACAAUUUUGUAAUAUUUGUGAUAAAACCGAGUAGAAAAAUCAAAAUGCAAGAUUUCGAAGCGAAACAGAACGCCUUAUUUGCUUGCCUGGACAAUGCAAGUAAAGAAUUAACGGGAACUGCACUGGACCAAAGUCAAACUGCUUGUCCCUCCAUCGAUUUAGUUUACCGCCGUGGUACUGGUCCGGCCAGAAAUCGUGGAAUUUCGUCUCCUGACAAAAGUUUAUCCCGCAUGCGAGGCAAGGAGAGUAUAUUUAAAAAACCCGAAAUACCGCUUUCAAAGUGUUUGAAGCCUCGGAGGAUACCAGACUAUAAGGUUAAUCCACAAAAAUGGACAAAGUACUCACUAGCCGACGUGGACAUUUCCGAUCACACCAAUACUGCUGCAGCUUUUCAGUUUUUAAAACAGAUGGACGAUCAACAGACGGAAAGUGAAGGGACUUCAGAAGCCAAUUUUAAAAUUGAAUUUAAAAAGUCUAGUAAAAUAAGAAAACAAAUGAAAGCUAAAGAAGAUAACGAGCUCAAAGAUGCAGAGGUAGAUAAACCUAGGCUAAAAGGUUCCAAAGUAGUGAUGCCCGAAUAUGUCGUCGGGCAGCAGAAAAAAUGUAAGAAAAUACGUAAAGUAUCUUCGGAAAAUAAGGUGCGAGCCGCUGGAACUUUAAAGCUAGAUCAUUUACAAGAAGAAGAUGAAGAUACCGAAGAGGGUUGAAAAAUGUGUUUUCAAAUCAUUUGAAAUACGCUUAGUAUGAUAUACUACUUUAUUAUAUAGGUAGAUUUUGUUCAUUAAUUCAUAGCGAAUUGGUGCUAAAAAAUGCGUUAUGAAAUUAAUUUUUUUGGUAUAUGCAUAUGUAUAUUAAUCGAAAAAGGGUUUAUUUU